UUCAAGUUCAGUAUUCAAUCAGCUUUUGCUGCGAGAGGUUGUCGUCAUGUCGACGGAGGAUUCUUUGGUUGAAAUUCCACGCAGCGAUUGGACCAAACUUCGAGAUUUAUUCGUGCACAGAGACACGGAUCCCCAAGGCUUUCUAUGCAUUAAUAAUUUCAUCAAGUGGGUGGAAAUAGAACCAGCACUGAAAGUCAGUUUCCUGUCUCUGAAUGGGGAUUGGCAGAGCGAUGGAACCUUUGUUAUAACCUUAGGUUGGAACACUUACAAGAAGCACCUUUACUUCAACACUCUGAGCGAUAAAUUGGAUCGAGUGACGAAAGCGCUAGAAUGCCUAAAGUCCUUUGAGGAUGAAUACAUUUUCUACGGGUUUGGUUCCCGAUUUAAGCCUGUGGUAGACCAUAUUGGCAGCAAAUAUUGUACCACUAAGGCACUGUUCUUUGUCGAGAACGUUUGGUACACGGCCAGCAAAGAACUAGUUGAUUCGUUUACUAUUCAGGUUCCUCCGGGCAUAACUGUACGAAACGUGAACCUCGAAGAUGCCGAAACUAUCAAUGAAAUCUGGCCACAUCGUGCACCUGGCUCCAUAGAGUUUGUGAGAAGUUUGAUUAAAUAUAAUAUGAAUUUGGGAGCUUAUGACGACAACGAAAAGUUGGUGGCUUGGUGUCUGCGAUUGCCGCUAGGAUCCUUGGGUGUAUUACAGGUCCUGGAGUCACAUAAACGCCUUGGCCUGGGCAGCUUGAUGGUGAAGUCGAUGUCUAAGAAGAUCUCCGCAGCGGGAGAUCCCGUGUUCUCCCCAGUAGUGACGAAGAACACCGCCUCGAGGAGCAUGUUCGAGAAAUUGGGCUUCCGUGUCAUAGACACUUUAUAUUGGGCUUACUAGCCACUUUUAAUUAAGACCAUUUGAAAAGAAAGACUAUUAAAAUAAAUUAAU